AUGGAAAUCGGGUUGGAUUUGGAUUGGAUUGGAUUGGAUGACGGAGAUCAAUUCUACUUGAGGAAUGUGGAGACGCAGGAGAAGAUUAGCCUGAAUCUCGACCCAUCAAAGAACAUCACCGUCGACUUCCCGCCAAACAAAGAAUAUCAGCUGUACUUUGUGGAUAUUCCCCGGGCCAGCAACGUUAAGCGGGGGGAUGCGUUGUCUAGCAGUUUGAUGGGCUUAAACCUUCACGAGGAAGCUGAACGACUACUCCAGAAAGACUUCACCUCGGAGCCCUAUAUUGCACAUCAUAUGGACCGCUUCUUGGAUCUAAUUGCGAACGACCCAAAUGGCGAUCAGUUUUUGUCGCAGUACGGACACCUUCCAUUCAUUGAAUCUGCUGGCCCACGCAGCUGGCGAACCUGUUACUAUGCCGGUUACGAUAUUGGCGAAUACAAGCAAGCCAAAUCUCAACAUCCCAGUGGCAUGACGCUGUUCAGGUGUGUCAGCACUAAAAAGAAGGGCCAACAGGACGUCGAUAUGGUACGUUUUGGGCUAGUGACCGAAGUGCUUUCGUCGCUUACGAUCUUUGACGAAAAUGGGAAUGAACAACCCCAUCACAUCGGUUGCCUUGACUUCUACGUGAUCAAGACCUGGAUUGGCGAUUUGGAAGUGCUGCUCUGUGUCCAGGGUGAUGGGUUUGUUCGCUCUGACGACGGUCGCCAUCAGAUUGUCGAGCUGAAGUGCUGUAAGCACAAAAAGAAGCCGCAGCCCGGGAAAACUAACAAAACAAAACUACGCAAUAAAUGGGCUGGUUACGACUGGAGUUUUCUGACACUGACGAUCGUCUCCCAUCGGAAAGGAAUCGUUACAGAAGUUGAUGAGGAAUAUCUAGAGAAGGCCUCCGCAGAUUCUGCAAAAGGCAAGCAGCAGGAAGCUGAUCAAAUUUAUGCUAAUUACAUCAGGCUCAAAAUGCUC